GGAAGCUUCCGGGACACUCAAGAUGCGGAACGAAUCUGAGCAUGCUCGUGCCGUAGUUAAGUAUCGUUAGAUAUCAGAUUGACAAAGCCAAAUGGACGCGCGAUUUCUGUCAUGAUGCUAGAAAAGAGCACUGUUACGGUUGUGGCUGAUAUAUUCAUCAGCAGAAGACAUACGUCCGAAGAAAUAAUCCACUGUUGCUGUUCCAGAGCGUUUGUGCAUGAUCGAGAGCUGUAUCGGUCAGAUAAUCGACUUCUCUCACCUGACCAGGCAGAUGCUGCAAUCCAAGAAGCGGAAAAUGAAGAGGAGAGUGAUGAGGAAGUUGCAUUUUUGGAUGAAGAGGCUCAGCUAAUGUCUAGCAUGGGCCUGCCUCUUGCUUUUGCCAGCUCUUCCAGCCAGCGUAAAGAGGGGAAGAGAGCUACCAAACAACCAGUUACUUAUCAGACAGAAUUUCCUGAGGAGGACCAGGAGGAUUCACAAUGUACUGACAAAGUUUGCACGGACAUCAGUGAUACUGCGGAAGAAGGACUGAAGACAAAGACGCUGGGUGAAGCAGUCGAAACGCCAUCUGCCAAUGAUGCCGGCUGGGAGACAUACUGGGCUCAACAAGGUGAAGCGCUUCUGUGGAACAGCUGGGUGGGGAAACAUGCCGAUGAGUUGCCGUCUUCAGAGGAUUCCCCAAGUGUGACAGCCCCGUGGGACGACCCCAACAAAAUGGCCGCCUGGAAUCGACACGCCGCAGACACGUAUUAUUACUAUUGGGAGCAAUACUCGUACUGGGCAGCGCAGGGCUGGACCGUUGACUUAUCUCGUGAGGGGGACGCCACCUUGGAAGAAACUGCGGACGAGGGGAUGAAUGGAGGCAAAGGGAAGCACUCAGGAGAACGGCUGGAUCAAAACACUAAUGACGUUGAGGUUUUAAAUGAUCUCAUUGAAAAGAACUGCACUUUGGAGGCAAGCGGGAACAUCUCUGCUGACUCUGGAACAACCAGACGGCGUUCCGAUACGGACUGUCUUUCUGAGCCCUCCGAUGGGGGAAACCGCGGCAAGAAAGCCGACGCCUCCUCACAGCAGGAUAGAACGCAACACGCAGAUUCCCCGCAGGCUGCUGGCAGCCUUAAUAUGCAUGUGGCUUCUACAAAUCACGUAUCAAAUGGGGAAGAUGAUGAUGGUGACGAUGAAAAGCCCUUCUUGAGUGGAGGGCCGAGUCAAGUCAAACGCAGUCAUGAAUUAGAUGUGGAGGAGAACCCAAAUCUCACAUGUGAUGAAGCCUGGAGCAGACUUGGACUCAAACACAACCCAGAAUCAAUGUUCGACACUGUCUUUAACUUUAAAGAAAGAUUGGGUCAGAAGCGUCCGAGGCGUUUCUGCUCCAAGAGAAGCGGCGGCAGCGUAAACAAACACAUCAGAUUCACCGAGACGGACGAAGAUGGAGCAGAGCCGCAGUGCAGCGCCGCCCUCCAAAAGGUUCAAAACUUUCUCGAGAAGAUUCAGAGUGAGGCACAUCGGACUCUCAGCGAGCAAGAACGGCCUGAACAAAGCAGCGCGCGGUCUGAGGAAAUUCCAGCUUCAACGGAGACAAAUGAUGGCAGGAGCAGUAGACGGAUGGAAGAGGAGAGUCCUGCUUUGCCGGACACCAAGAAGGACAUCGCUCGCGGCUGUCGGAGGGAGGAGCCCAAUAGGCAGCUGGAAUGCUUGGAAGUCCCCGACUUUCUUUUGCCCGACACACCUGCAGACAACGGCGACGCCAAAAAGUCAAAGAAGAAGAGUAAGCGAUGGAAGAAGCAGCAGAUCCCGGCAGACAUGGCGGCAGAACCGGGCCUGGCCAAAUACUGGGCUCAGCGCUACAGACUCUUCUCUCGCUUUGGCGAAGGAAUCAAACUGGACAGAGAGGGCUGGUUCUCUGUGACGCCGGAGAAGAUUGCUGAGCACAUCGCCCUCAGAGUGGAGGCGGGUUUUCCCAACACUCAGCUGAUCAUUGACGCCUUCUGCGGAGUCGGAGGAAACGCCAUCCAAUUUGCACUCACUGGGAAAAGAGUCCUCGCCGUUGACAUCGACCCCAUACGACUGGACCUGGCGCGCCACAACGCUACAGUUUAUGGCGUCGCCCAUCAAAUCGAGUUCCUGCAAGGGGACUUCCUUCAGCUGGCGCCUCGUCUCUGUGGCGACGUUGUCUUCUUGUCGCCCCCCUGGGGAGGACCAGAUUACCUAACUGCUGAGGUGUUUGACAUUAAGACCAUGAUGGACCCAGAUGGAUUUCAGAUUUUCCAUCUGGCCAAACAAAUCUCCGACAACAUCGUGUACUUCCUACCUCGCAACGCAGACAUGAAUCAGAUCGCCUCUCUGGCUGGUCCAGGAGGAAAGGUGGAGGUAGAGCAGAAUUUCCUCAACAACAAGCUGAAGACCAUAACCGCUUAUUUUGGCAGUUUGAUUAAGUCUGACACCUAAAUGAUUCUUAUUUCUGUUCAAGUUGGCGAUUGGGUCUCAAUCCAUCGAGUACGGACAGAAAAAGUACGGUCGUCACUUUGAUUUUUUUGGGUACUUUUUAAUCAGGAAGUCUGUCCUGUGCUAGUAAACAGAGCACACCGCAUUGAAAUGUUUGUUUUAUAAAACCUUCCAUUUUGCAAUG